UGGGCGGCCUACCCGGUUUGUUAUGACUUUUCCAACAAUCCCAUCACACAAAUAAAACGUACACGCAUUAUUAACGCUCCUUUUUACGCAAUUUUAAAUUGAAACAGACUUUGUCUUGUUUCUUUGCACAGUGUAAGAUCGGUGAAUUUCCGGCCUUAGCAUCAGCGAACCUCCCCACACAGUGCGUUGAUACACGGUAGAAAUCAUUCGUAACGCAUGUUCUCAACUGUCGUCGUACGUGUGAAUCUACAUUAGUCCACUCGGACGGACUUUGGAUUGCGAUAAACCGAAUAAGCCUCCCGAGGGAACUGAUUGUGAUUCCCGCUCUCAAAGCUUUUCCUUCUCACGUACAUCAACAAGGUAAGUUCAAUGCAUGUGUGUUUAAAUUUUGCGCUGUUUUUUCCCUUGUCGCGAAAGGAUUAAGAUAAUCUAGCUAGAACAUUCCGGCCUCUGCUCUGUCACGGUGUAGUGGUACUAAUUAAAUUUAACUUCUGUGUUGUGCCGCGCGGAAAUGUGCUUCGUAUUAAUCAUGCAAGACCGUCCCCCGAUCGUUUUCAUGCAAAUUGUGCAAGUUUUGGUGCAUAACAAUGCCCAACCAAUACAUGACACGGUUCCAUCCGACCGAAACCAAGGAAAGUCCCCGCCGAUUACCUGCUUGGCUCGAUUGUCACCGAAAGCCCGUUUCGAUGAUCUUACGGUUAUACGCGACGUUGAUUUUUUGCUGGGAUGUGCUGAUCAUCUUGGUGCAGUUUUUUCUCACCUUACUGCAAUCGCUGUUCCGUCUGGUAAGGCCAGCCAAAGCGAAAUCGCUUACCGGUGAGGUUGCGGCUGUCGUUGGUAGUGGUCGGGGAGUAGGGUACGAUCUCGCCAUACAGCUUGCGGAACUUGGCGUAAAGGUGGCAUGUAUCGACGUUAACUCAACGGACAACGAUCUGUUGGUGAAGAAAAUCCAAUCUUCCGGAGGAGUUGCCUCUGCGUACGAAUGUGAUGUUACGAACAGGACGGACAUUAAUCGCACGGUGGCCGCGAUCGAGGGCAGCCUCGGCACCAUCAGCAUGUUGUUUCACAGCUGUAACGUUCCCAGUGCGCGAAGCCUCGUUACGGAGGCACCACCGAUCGAAAUUACAUUGAAUGUUGGUGUAGUUUCACAUUUUCUGCUCCUUGAGGCGAUACUUCCCAAAAUGAAGAAGGUAUCGCAUGGACACAUCGUCUUUCUCACGUCGGUAGCCGGUGUAAGCGGAUUAAAGCAUCAAAUGCCGCUAGCCGUGUCACAGUUCGCCGUUCAAGGGCUGUACGAGUCCACGCUGGAGGAGCUGCGUAUCGAAAAGCGGCAGCACACCAUCCACACUACCCUGGUGCACAUCUACCCGUUCAUCAUAACUGACCACUGCCUGAACGAUAUCCGGCUGCGCAUUUCUUCCGCCUUCGGGCGCAUCAAGUCGGACGAAGCGGCCCGGCGCAUCAUAGCGGGCGUGCGACGCAACGAGCUGGAAAUCAGCAUUCCCAAAUAUUUGCUCUUCGUAAGCCAUUUGCUUCGAUUGCUGCCACGCCGCGCAUCGCUGCUGCUGCGCGAGCUGAUCGAUACCGGGUUAGAUCUGUGAGGGUGAAAUGGGCCCUUCUGCAGGGUGCGCGAAUACCAAAACGGGUGCCGGACGAUCGUGACGAUCGUUCGACGCGAUCGAGAUAGGAUUAGUGUUGUUGUUUCUCUAUUACGUUUUAUACUCGGUUUGUUUUUUUUUUCGAAAGAUACUCCAAAAAGUACUGCAAAUGUACACACGAUGUUGAACAAUGCCAUGCACCAAAAUAUAAUAUAAUCGAAUGUGAAAAUCA